CGCGUCAUAUUAUUCUGUUUUCCCCUUUAUUCGUCUUUGCGGUCUCCGCUGUGUUUACCUAUCGUGGUCGCAUCCUACCGCUGCUGGGUAAACAACCCAGAAAUAUGGAAAUGAGUAAUUCUCACCCCAUGGACGGCGGCGCAAUGUCGCAACAACAUCCACCACAAAGAACCCAGUCUAGGGCUUCUACUGCUUCCAUUCAUAGUAUAGCCACUCAGCCUAACAUCGACCAACAAUCCCUCAUACCACACCAUGGUUCCUUUCAGGACCAAUGGACCGCGACUGAGCAUGGGGCAUCUAAGAAUAUGUCAUCCGCGCCUCAACCAAUGCCGGCCGAAGAUAUGAUGCUUCGUCCUGCAUCUCAAAUGCAGGUCGCGCAGCCCUUCUCGAUGGGUCCAAAUAUGCAUCCUGCCGUUGGGUCCACUACCAUACCAUUUCAUCAGCACCCAAACUUGCACCACGCUGUAGCAGUCGAGAAUUUUGGUGCAAACGGUAGCUUUACUGAUGCCGAUAGUCAGAUGAUGGAUCGUGAGGAUGGGGAGGAGAUGGAAUCGGUUGUGCCUCAAGCCCGUUCAAAGAAUGGUUCUAGUCGCACCAGUGCAAAUAACGAACUCGAGAUGCGCCAGUUAUUUCAGUCUAAUCAGCACCGUACAUUAAAAGACGUUGCAAAGGAGUUGCAUGGCAAUGAGCGUGGCCCCAAUUCGGAGCGCGCCAGACAGAUCUUCGCCAUGUUAUGGAUUAAUCAAGUCUGUACCAGAGGUCGAACCUCCGUACCUCGAGGUCGAGUUUAUACCAACUACGCAACGCGCUGUGCAACUGAGAGAAUAACGGUCCUUAACCCAGCCAGCUUUGGAAAGCUAGUUCGAGUCCUUUAUCCUGGGCUAAAGACACGGCGGCUUGGAGUUCGCGGAGAGUCCAAGUACCAUUACGUUAACUUCGCCAUGAUCGAUGACCAACCAGAGCUGAGGGAACCCUCCAUCCAACCAGCUCUUCCUCUCGCUGACCCUACCCCUUUCGCUCAAAGCUUCAGUGCUGGACCAUCUCAAUCGCCUGCAUUGAAUCCCCAAGGCUCCACCGCGCAAUCGCCUGUGCUUGUACAACAAGCCAAUACCCACGUGGGCUCACGUUUGGCUGGAAACCAUGCUGUGUACCAUCAACCUGAUGUGCCCAGUUUGAAGGAGUUACAUUCCUCUAAUGCUAAAACCUUGCUACGCUUGGAUUUCUUAGAGGAAGCUGAAGAGCCGACACGAUCGCCUCCAACCGUUGUCCUCCCUGACAUUAAACCGUUCUUGCCAAAGAAAACCGACCCGGAUUCAGCAGCAUCUCUCGUAGCCUGCUACCAAGCUUACUGCAACGUCAUAAUUGAGGCUAUACGUUUUGUCAAGGAGCAGACGUUCUAUUUCCAGUACAGGUCUUUUACCGGCACCCUUACCGCACCCGUGCUUAAACUCUUCCGCCACCCGAGUAUUGCACCAUGGAUACAGGAGUGCGAAUUCGCUCUUUACCAAACUCUGAUGCGAAUUCUCUCUGUUCUUGCUUUGCAAGUGGUUCCAGCUGCUGUACUGGAUGCCCUGCGCAACAUCGCAGAGCACAUGGUCCCCUGUGUUCGAGAGCAUUUCGGGGGAGAACCAGAACACGUUGUCCAAGCCAAGGAAGCUUCAGCUGCCGUUUUCGCGGCUUUACUUGAUCGUCUUCUACGAGUGAAUCUCACGGCGCACGCCGCUGCCAAUAUGCUCUCCAACGCUGAGAAUCGAGACACCAUGUAUAUCGACUGGCUGACAAUAGUUAGAAUCCGCAAGGUUGCUGAGUGUGUGCCUCUCCGAGGCAUGGAUGACGUAGUCGACAUUCUACUAGGCGAAAUUCGAGAUUUGAUCAACCCAGUCAGGGUUCCAUGGGAGAUCGAGAGUAUGACGCUAUAUGGAGAGGUGGCACGCGGUGGCCGAGAUACACAAGCUUCAGAUUCUACGGAUGACCAAGCUCCUGUACUCGACCGAUGGACUAAUUUCCUACGAUCAAUACCAACUCGUUUUCCAUAUGCUUCACCGGCCGAAAUCGUCGAUUGCGUACACCGAGUUGGGAACGAGGUAAUGCGGGAUAUUACCGUUGGUCAAGGAAAAAGUUUUGGCUCGUGGUGGGUGACGAAAUGCUGGAUCGAUGAGAUGAUCGCGUUCCUAGCGGAAUACGGCGGUUUCAUGAAGACCAAGAAUCUGUCCCCUCCCACAACGAAUGUCCCCAAUGUCCCACAACUUCCGGGUACCAACGGCGAGACAAGUCAGCAACGUUCACGCCUCAGCAGUGGUAGUGAGGACCUCGACAUUUCCCGCAUUCCACAGCCUCAACCGGAUCGCGCCCCGUUUCCUUCACAGGCCGAAGCUAAUGGACAAGACGACCUCUUACAACCGUCACAGAGCCACGAUGAUAGUGGAAUCGGGAUUCGAACUCCUGAAGAAGACUUCCCCGUGGACAAAUACGAUUUUCAACAUACCCCCGAAGAGCAAUUGCAACCUCAGGCAUAGAGGCUCCCCUUCUAUAGGCGGUAGCUCGCACAUAUCGGCCUACUGUGCUCUGCACCCCCAAUUGCGCGGGCCAUUCUGGUCAAGUCCCAGAUUCGGGUUGUUUAUAUACCUAUUUUAAUAAUUGGCGUUGGUGACGGGUGAUUUAACCAUCUGGCCUACGGCAUGGCCUACGUACACGAUGGUAUGACG